GUGAGGAACGAGUUGAGGCAUAUAUCCAUCGAUCGAGUCGACUCAGUUCUAUAUAAAGCCAGCCAUCGGGCAUCCAACUGUGCCAGCUCCAUCUGAAAGAUAACAUCUUUCGAUCAUUAGAAUUAAGUAGGAUCGAUGUCGGAUCAGGCUGAUCAAUUACAGCAUGAGAUUGCGAAGGAGGACGAGGAGAUCAAGGAGGAAGAUGUGCACGAUCACGUGGUUCUGGUCACCGGCAGUGACGGCAAGGUUAAGGUUCAGGGAGAGGAGGAGGGCAAGAAAGAGAGCUUUCUUCAAAAGCUUCACCGGUCCGACAGUUCUAGCGCCGGUUCGUCGGGUGACGAAGAAGUGGAAGGAGAGAAGAACAAGAAGAAGAAAAAGAGAGAUAUAAAGGAAAAGAUUGUCAUCGACGACGAAGGGAGGAAGGAAGAAGUGGAGGACACAGAGGUGGUGGUGGAGAAGGUGGAGGCCAUCAGAGUGGAGCAGUCGGCGGUGGCACCGGAGGAAGAGGAGAAGAAGGGCUUCCUGGAGAAGAUCAAGGAGAAGCUCCCGAGCAACCUGGGGAAGAUAAUGGAGAAGUUGCCAGGCUAUCACAAGGCUGAUCAGGAGAAAGAGGGAGCUAAGAAGAACUAGUACUGCUCCUUCUCGUGAUCACUAGCUAGAACUAUAAUAAAGUAUAUCUUUGGAUAUAAAUUAAAUGUACGUAGCUUGCGUGUGUUUCUAGCUAGUGCUUAGAUUGCUUUAUUUCUGAGUGCUUUUGUCAUGCUUUUGAAUGUUCAAGAUAACAGAAUGUGAUAUGAUGAUCGACCACUGGAAA